CACUUUUCAUAGGUCCAGCCUUGGAAGCUUUGCUGGGGGCUGUGCAGUACAAUCUGCCAGGCCCCCCAAGGAGGGAGUGCGCAUGUGCCAUACUCACCCUGCCUGAGUCCAGGUAGAGAUUGUGGCAUCGCCCAGGGGAGAUUCGCUAGCCGCUGCCUUUCCCCAAGCUGGAGCAUGGAGGAGGAAGAGGAGGAAGAAAUCACCUCUGAGCUGCUGACAGCCAGGCCCCAGGAAUCAGUGACAUUCGAGGAUGUGUCUGUGGACUUCACCCGAGAUGAGUGGGGCCACCUGGGCCCUGCCCAGCGGGCCCUGUACAGGGAGGUGAUGCUGGAGACCUUUGAGAUCCUCGUCUCCCUGGGGCUUCCAGGUUUGAAACCAGAUGUGAUCUCCUGCUUGGAGAGAGGAGAAGCUCCAUGGAUGCUUGAGGAAGAGGUCCCAAGAGACCCUUACCCAGGUUCAUUUCAUGAGGAAAAAUGUGAAACCAAGGACAUUGUCAUGAGAGCAUCAGCCAAGGAAAGACCGCAGAAGCAAGGAGUUCAUACUAGAAAGGAAUCCAAUAAAUGGAAUGAAUGUGAGAAAGCCUUCAGCCAGAACGCCCUCCUUAUGUAUCAUGAGAGAAUUCUUGCAGGUGAGAAACCCUGCAAGAUUAAAGAAUGUCAGAAAGUUUUUUGUCAAUUGAGAAGCCCUAAUGACUGUAAGAGAGUUUAUGCUCAAAAGAAACGCCAUCUUUCUAAUGAAUGUGAGAAAAUUUUUACUCUACAUCAGGGAGUUCACUUUGCAAAGGAGCCCUUUUAUUGUAAUGAAUGUGGCAAAGUCUUUAAGUGGAGAUGUAAACUUAAUGCACAUCAGAGAAUUCAUACUGGAGAGAAACCCUUUGAAUGUAAUGAAUGUGGAAAAGCCUUCAGUGAGAAGGUUUGUCUUAAAAGGCAUCAGAGAAUUCAUACUAGAGAGAAAUCAUUUGAAUGUAAUGAGUGUGGAAGAGCUUUCCGUGAUGAAUCUUACCUUAUGCUGCAUCAAAGAAUGCACACUGGAGAGAAACCCUUCAAAUGUAGUGAAUGUGGGAAAAACUUCAGCCUGAAGUCUUCACUUAUUUUACAUCAGAAAAUUCACACUGGGAAGAAGCUCUUUGAAUGCAAUGAAUGCAAGAAAGCCUUCCAUUACAAAUCUUGCCUUACUCUCCAUCAGAGAAUUCAUACGAGAGAGAAACCCUUUGAGUGUAAUGAAUGUGGGAGAGCCUUCAUGUGGAAGAGCCAACUUAAUAAACACGAGAGAAUUCAUACUGGAGAGAAACCCUUUAAGUGUAAUGAAUGUGAAAAAGCCUUCUACCACAAAUCUCAGCUUGUUGUACAUCAAAGAACUCAUACUGGAGAGAAACCCUUUGAGUGUAAUGAAUGUGGAAAAGCUUUCCACAACAGAUCUCAGCUUACUGUACACCAGAGAAUUCACACUGGAGAGAAACCCUAUGAGUGUAAUGAAUGUGGGAAAAGCUUUAGCCAUAGAAAAUCAUUUGUUUUCCAUUUGAGAAUUCAUACUGGAGAGAAACCUUAUGAAUGUACUGAAUGCGGGAAAGCUUUCCACAACAAAUCUCACCUUACUGUGCAUCAGAGAAUUCAUACUGGAGAGAAACCCUAUGAGUGUAAUGAAUGUGGGAAGAAAUUUAGUCCGAGGUCAUCACUUAUUUCACAUCAAAAGAUUCAUAUGAGAGAAAAACCCUUUGAGUGCAAUGAAUGUGGAAAAAACUUCAACCAGAGGUCAUCACUGGUUUCACAUCAGAGAACUCAUUCUGGAGAGAAACUCUUUGAGUGCUGUGAAUGUGGGAAAAAUUUCACCCGUAGGUCAUUACUUAGCAAACACAAAAGCCUUCAUACAAGAGAGAAACCUAGUUAAUAUAAUAAAUGUGGGAAAGCCUAGUCAUGCAGAAUUAAUAAAUGAGAAUUCAUGCUGGACGGUAAGCCUGAAGCCCUUGAAAUAUAGUUCAUGUUUCAUGGGUUAAACAUUCAGCCAAAAAGGGCACUUUACUGAACACCAGAGUGUGCAUGAGAAACUCCAUAAGUGUAAUAAAAUGCAGCAAAGUCUUGGGCACUGAUGGAACACUUAGGAAGGCACAGAGAAUUCAUGCAGAAGAAAAAGUUGAGAAUACUAUAACCAUGAGAAGACCUUCAUGGUAUGUGGUUCAUCCCUUAUUUAAUAUCAUAAACCUCAUGCUGGAAACGAACUGCAGCAAUGUAAAAAUGAUGGGAGCAUCCUAACAGCUUGCCUUCUGUUUAAUGCUGGAGAGUCAAGAUUGCUGACUUGAUUACAUUAUUUUGUGGUGUUUUGAGAAGGACAGAUAACAAUUUCCCUUUGUUUCUCCUGAGCUCUAUGCAGUUCACAUUGGUUGCCACCAGGUGGCAGAAGAGUUGUACUAGUCAGUGCAUCAGAUAUGAUAGUACCUCUAAUCACAAUCAGACUGUCAUCUAAAAAAUCCCUUUUAUUGCUAACUCUCACUGACAAGUUACAGGCAUUCAGAUGCAUAAGAAACCUCAGCCCAAAAUGGGUGUAUAUUGUUUUUAACAGUCACAAGAAACAUCAAAGCAAACUGGGAAAUACAUUUGUUCAUUGAA